ACAUAUGCACUGUGAUUUUGCGGAAAAUUAAAUUUGAAUCUGUUAAUUCAUUUACUACUUUUGUUGGAAAUAAUAUCGUGAAUAAUAUCAAGAUUUAAGGUAUAAUAUAAAUCUUUAACCAUGCCUAUUGAUUUGUAUUAUGUGCCUGGAGCUGCACCUUCCCGAAGUGUAUUGCUUGCGGCUAGAGCUUUAGGCGUCGAUCUCAACCUUAUACGUACUAAUGUGAUGAAUGGAGAAAAUCUUACACCGGAGUAUCUUAAACUUAAUCCACAACACACAGUACCUACAUUGAAUGAUAAUGGUUUUGCGUUAUGGGAAAGUCGAGCUAUCGUGACAUAUCUGGCAAAUCAAUACGGUAAAGAUGAUAGUCUGUAUCCCAAGGAUCCUAAGAAAAGGGCUGUUGUCGACCAACGACUAUACUUCGAUAUUGGAACUCUGUAUAAUAGUUUCUAUAGUUAUUAUAUACGUAUGAUAUUUUGGGGAGAAAGUGCGGAUCCUGCAAAAUUCGAUAAGAUCAUAAAAGCUUUCGAAUUUUUAGACAAAUUUAUUGGCAACAACGAUUUCGCCGCCGGCAACAGUCUUACUUUGGCCGAUCUAGCUCUUGUUGCAACAGUUUCCACAUUUGAAAUAAUGGAAUUCGAUAUUAGUCCUUACAAAAACGUACUUAGAUGGUACGCAAAAGUUAAAGCGACUGCUCCUGGUUAUGAGGAAUUGAAUACAAAAAAUUUACUGGAAUUUAAAGCUUUAGUCGAUCAAUUGACUAAAAAAUGAAAUAACUUUUAAAAAAUAUAAUUUAUUGCAAUAGUA